AUGGAGCCAAUCACCUCGACCGUCGCGACGCAGUACCACAAGUUCAUCGACGCAGUCAAUGCCCGCCCACGCCAGACUGCGGCAACGACAACCGCCGUCGCGCUGACGCUGUCCCUCGCGUGGGUGCUGAACGAUUUCCACGCGUGGAAGUCCUUCGGCACGGGAGGCACCCCGCCCACCUGGGCCGGGUACUGGCGCAUGACAAAGCUCCGCCUGAACCGCCUGCUGCUGUUCGGUAAGGACGACCUUUCCGACCCGUCGCCUCUCUCGUCCGUGGGGCCCAGGUAUCUCGACCUAGCGACCAUCCCGGCGCGGGAGGGCGCCAGACCGUCAAUCAUGGCCCGCACCAUGCCGCAGCGCCAGGUGCCAUACAAGACCGGCACGGCGGACCCGGGGGUUGAAGAACGGGUGUCGUCCAUGAUGGCCUCGUUGGCCGCCAAAAACCCUUCCGUCCUGGACCUCCGCCCCAGUAAGACCGAAGGCGGCAGCACAGACGCCAUCUACGCGAAACCCACCCUCGAAACCCUCAACGCCAAGGCCAAGGACAACAAGAUCCUAGGCACGGAAAUCGCCCACGCGCAUCCCUCCGACGGGAGCCUGCACGUGUGGCUGUCCGAGGCGGAUGCCAAGACCGUGGUCGAGAAGGGCUGGGGAUUGAGGUUCCCGCUCAAGUUCGUCGAUAAAGGGUGGGCAAUGGUCUAUGCUCCGCGCACCAUGGCCGAGGUGGACGUUGUGGAGCGCAUCGUGCGAGCGGGGAUUGCGUGGGUCGCUGGUGUUGAGGUCUAA